AAUACCAAAUGAUGUGGUCACAUUGAUAUUGAUGAGUUUUCCAAUAAGGCAAUAUCCAUUAUUUUCGAUAAAUAUGAUAAAACAUUGAAAUUAAGCCAAAAAAUUGACUUUGGCCAUCGCGGAGAUUAUAUGGUUUUUCUUAUCACCUUCAGUUUCAAUUUUGAUAUUUACAUUUGAGUUUUCGAUUGGUGAAGAAACAUUUGUAUUUGCUGCUUCAAAGUAAUCUUUUGCCGCAAAAUACAAAUUCAUUUAUCGUGUGAAUGACCAAACGAAAAAGAAAUAUUAAAUCAUUACUUUUUUGACUGAAACUGCCGAUUUCGUGGAAUCAAAAGUAGACGAAAACAUUUUUUUUUUUUUGUACUUCGAAUAAAAUUGAAAUUGUUUAUGUGUGUUGAAGGAAUUGCACUAGACAUAAAGUGUAUAUAGAAUAAAGAGUGUCGAUCAGCUGAAAUUGUUCCGAAUUUUUUCUCCACCUUAUUGACAAGAAAAGCGCUCAAAUUCAAUAGCACAAACAAGUAUAUAAAUCGAUAUAAAUAUUAAACGUAUAUAAUCCCACGAAAAGUUCUUCUUGAACGAUACAUAGGUGAAAGCAUCACACACAGCGGUGACUGCAAUUUUCAUUCGCGAGAAUAAAAACCGAGACCAAAAAUCAUCAGUACAGAGACAACUAGAUUGCUGAAGACAAAUCAAAAUGAGGCUAUUCACACCAAGAUUCGCCGCUUCGGCGAAUAAAAUGCUCGACUUUUAUUCACAAUUCAAUCCAUCGCCGUUGUCAAUCAAACAAUUUAUCGAUUUUGGUCUUAAUGCAUGCGAAAAAAAAUCAUAUGUAUUUUUGCGCAAGGAGUUACCCGUUCGAUUGGCAAAUAUUAUGAAAGAAAUUGCAUUGCUUCCGGACAGUUUGUCACGUACUCCAUCAGUUGGAAUGGUUAGUUCAUGGUAUGCACGCAGUUUUGAAGAGGUAUUACGUUACGAACAACUUGAACCGACCACCGAAAAUAUGGAAAAAUUUUGGCGUGAUUUGGUUAAGAUUCGUGACCGUCAUUCGGAUGUGGUUCAAACUAUGGCCCAAGGAGUCAUUGAAAUGAAAGACCAACGUGGCGGUACCGUUGAACCAUCAAUGGAACUAUCGAUACAAUAUUUUCUGGAUCGUUUGUACAUGUCUCGCAUCAGUAUUCGUAUGUUGAUCAAUCAACACACAAUUCUAUUUGGUGAGAUACCACAACAAGGACGGCAUAUUGGUUGUAUUGAUCCAUUGUGUGAUCCAGGUUCGGUUGUAUUGGACGCCUAUGAAAAUGCCCGUUAUCUCUGUGAUCAAUACUAUUUAGCUAGUCCCGAAUUGAAAUUGACACAGCAAAAUGGUGUUGACGCAAAUGCGCCAAUUCGAAUUGUCUAUGUGCCAUCGCAUUUGUAUCACAUGCUAUUUGAAUUGUUCAAAAAUUCAAUGCGUGCGGUAAUGGAACAUCAUGGUGAAGAUUGCGAUAAUAUUCCACCAAUUGAGGUGACCAUUGUUAAUGGACGUGAAGAUAUAUCGGUAAAAUUAUCGGAUCGUGGCGGUGGUAUUCCACGAUCACAAGUUGAUCAUCUAUUCAAAUAUUUGUAUAGUACCGCACCAAAACCAUCACCAUCACAAAUGCAUACAGUUCCAUUGGCUGGUUACGGUUACGGUUUACCAAUAUCACGCCUUUACGCCAGAUAUUUUCAGGGUGAUUUAGUUUUAUACUCGUGUGAAGGUUACGGCACUGACGCACUUGUUUACAUGAAAGCUUUCUCUGACGAGGCAAAUGAACUUUUGCCCAUUUUCAACAAGACCAGUACACGAUUUUAUAAAGCAACAGUGCCAACGGGCGAUUGGUCAAAUCAGUCAUCAAAUAUGAGUAUGCGACAAAUGAGUGCAUCGUCACCAUCAAGACGAACACCAAAUGAUAGCAAACAAACAGCACCGUUAACAAAUGCAGCAACACCAAAGCCAAGAACAACAUCAACAACACCUAGUAAAUCGGAUCCCGUUACAGUCAAAACCCGAUCUUCGUAAAAUAGCAAAGCUGUAUCUAUAAAUACUCAACAAGAGAUAUUUGGAGCUGAACACAGUUUGCCGUCAAUAUAUAUAUAAUAUAUAUGCAACGAGAACAAAUACUAAAAUAAUAAACAAACAUUUUAAGCAACAAAUGAAAACGAAACAAAUUCCAUUAAAAAAAUUAUUGAGUUGUAAAUAAUAAUCUUUAUCUAUAAUAUGACAAAAAAACAAUGUUAGAUGUAUUCGAGUUGGAUGAAAAUUAUCUUGAUGAAUUCUUGUGAUAUUUAUGUAAAAAAAACCUAACUAAAAAAAAGAAUAAACAAAUCGUUUUUACUUGAUCAUUUAUCAUCA